GGCAGUAGCAAGCUACCUGACAAUCGGUUCGACCACGUGGAGUCACAUGCUUCGUAUUGGCUAAAAUUAGCUCGCGUCUGGAGCCUUUUCCGCAAACAUCCUGAACGCGUUCAACCGUGUCAAGAUGUUCUGCAGUUGCACCUCCACCAUCCCCUGCAAACCAUCAUGAUACUCAGGGCAAUCACAGUCGCAAGCCUGCUCGGCGUGGCCGCACGGGUCAGCGCAGACGUCGCUCCAGACAUCACCACCCUGGCCGUAGGCUACAACUACAUCGCCAAGCUCCCCUGCGUAGACUGCCCAUACCUAUACCAGGAUACCUCAAACGGCGAAAACGGACCGUGGACAGAUCGCAUCGAUAACAAUGCCUUGCUCUUGAACAUAUCGCUACCAUUGGACGCGACCCAUCUGUCCAUUAACAACGCACCCCUGCUCUCCGGCUCGUCCUUCCUCCCCCGGAUCUACGCUUCGCAAGUGCUCCAGGACUACUCCACCGAAGAUCUCCACGCAAAGAUAUCAGACAGUGAACUGGACACCGCAGGUCCUUCUCUCGGCCUCUCGUACGGCACCUCGCUACACCAGAUCAAAAACUCCACCGCGCUAGUGUACCGCUUCAACAUUUUCAGCCUGUAUUUCGCCCGGACCAGUCCAGCAACACGCAUCUCGCUUUCCAACUCACACCAGAAAGUGCUCGAGAUCAUCUUCCUCCCUCACCCGCUACACAGCGUUGGCGACUCAGGCCCAGGCUGGGAGAUCGUUCAUAUCCGACUGAGUGAGCGAGACAAGAAGGGGAGCAGGAGGAGAAUGAAAACGAUGAUGUUUGAGGAUUGGGAUGAGUUUGGACGGAAGGGGAGUCCAUUGCAUCUCGUCUCCAGCUCCUCGAGCGGGGUCGCGAAGUAUGCCGCUUCCGGAAUCUGGAGUCUGAGUAUCACGAUCCUAGGGUUCAUGGUUGCGUUUGUCGUGAUAGUGCUUGGGGUUGUGUAUAUCAUGGAGUGGUACUCCGGAGAGUAUGAUAAAGCCCAGAGUGGGAAGAAUCGGAGGAGUGCGAGUAAAGGAAGUGGUAACUGGACCGAUGUGGAGGCGGCGAAGGAGAGGAUUUUGAGUGUGAGUGAACUAGGGAUGAGGGCCGGUGGGAGUGUUGUUGGGGUAGGGAAAAGUGACUGAUGAGAGAAAGAAAUUAGAGUAAGAAUGGGGA